GUGACUAACGGGUCCCUACCUCCAAUUUUUGCUGGGGAGAUGCCCUCACUCAAAGAAUUAACCUUGGAGCAUUUCACUGUCUGGCCCACAACCUAUUUUCACAACCUUACCUCCCUUUCCCUGUCGGAUCAAGCCUUCAAUCGUCCCACCACACUCUCGUUUCUCGACUUUCUACAAAACUCACCUGUGCUUGAGAUGCUGGCUCUGACCGCGUCGUUGAUUUGCCUCGCAUGCGUCAAUUAAAUCUGGGAGGUUGGCCAACGACGUCUACCAUAUCCAGGUUUCUAUCAUACAUAUCCCUUCCGCCAGAAGCCGACGUGUUUAUCUGGGGUUCAGUUUUUUCGAACCCUGAUACCGACUUGACGGCGCUCCUUCCUGCGAACACAAACAAUCUACACAACAUUCAAGGAAUUACGAAGUGGUAUCUAACUCAUUACUCUGUCGCUCAGCCCGGAGACCUUCUAUACGUCCCUUUCACGGCGAUCGUUGGCUCGUCCAACUCCUUACACAAUUAUGGCGUGUUCCGCUCGAGUCAGUUGCUAGCAACGCUUCCGAGAUAUCCGUUGCAUAAUGUGACAUCAUUCGUUCUCCGGGAUAGCUCGUACCAGGCAAAUAGAUUCAAGACGUCAGUCUGGGUGGAGAUAUUUGGCAAAUUGAAGAAUUUGCAAGAGUUGCGGAUUUUGGCAUAUCAAUCAACCACUACGACGAGAAGUGUGUUAACGGCGUUAUUGCCUGCGUCAUCAAAGGGCGCGAAGAAGAAAGAUAUAAGUCAGAACGGGAAUAGACGAGAAAUUCAUGAGGGACAGAAGGAAGCAGGGAGUUCCACUUCCAAUGCUGCAAAUACGGAGUCCUCCGGAACAGGGAAAUCCAAAGUUCCAACGGACGAGGAACAAGAGCCAGAAAACUUCCACUCGCCUCCACGUGGAGACCACUCCCGCUGCGAGGUCCUCUGCCCGAGACUCACCACUCUCAGCGUUGAACAUGAUCCCGAUCUAGCCUCCAUCUUCAUCACCAAACUUGUCAAAUCCCGAAAAGAACACGGGUGUCCGAUCGCUUCGCUCAUAAUCCUGGUCUUUGACCCGCAAUACGGUGUUUCCCCUUCUCCGCGACCACGUUCUACUCGUUCUGAUCACGACGUUAAUAAUCAGAAUCAGAAUCAAAACCAGAACCAUCAAAAUGGACACCAUACUGCUGGAGUGAAUGCUGCGGAUGACAGUUCGUCGACUGUAUCGUCGAGAGAUAUUUUGAAUGAAGAGUAUAAUCUUCGGAGCAAAGAAGAUGAAGAGUUAUUAAAACGGCAUGUGAAGGAAGUGAGGUUUGAGUACAAGAAGCCGCUGUCGCAGGAUUUGGUCCCGCGAGGGUGGCCAACAGAUGCGUAUCGGAGGACUUGUCUGUCGUAUUCGUUCUAAUGGGCUUUCUUGGAUCGAUACAUCUUUCAUGUUAGUCACAAAUAUAUUAGGGGAUUUAUGGUUAAGUAUUGGUUUAUUUAUGUAUCACUGAAUAAUGAAUGUAUAGAAGGACCAUGUAGAACGAUGUACCUAGUAACUAGCAACAACCACUACGUAUCAUGCUAGAAUCCUGCCAUCCUGCAUAUUCAUACCCCAGAAUUUGCCCCUCAUUCUAUCUACCCAUACCAUCAACUCAUUGGUACGGGAUUGAGUGGAGUUUCGGAUGUCAUCGCUUGGUCUUCGGUAGUCGUCGGUUACAAAAGGUUGCAAACCAGCACCAGCAGCGCAGGGUCACUACGACAUCCCGCAGAUCUAUUUGGUGUACAUAAUAAGUCCUUACACAGCUCCACC